UUUUCUAUUAAUCAAUUCUAUGCUAGGGUUUGCUCCGGGAAAUUUCUUUGUAAAUAGUUUUAAAAACAUUUUCUUUUCCUUUCUUCAAGUAAUCAAUUCUAUGCUAGGGCUUGCUCCGUGAAAUUUCUUUGUAAAUAUUUUUAAAAACAUUUUCUUUUCCUUUUUCUUUGCUCCGUCAAAUUCCUUUGUUUGGGAGCUAAGAAACUUUUGGAAAGGAAACGAUAGCUAAGAGAGCAGAAAAACCUUUUCCAACUAUUGAAGGAAAAAGAAAAUAGAAAUGGAGGACAGCGUCAUGACUUCAAUAACGCUACCCAAAACAACUCAGGAGCUUGCAAUUGAAGGUCAGAAGCAUCUGGAAGAAACCAUCCAAGCUGCUUACCAGAUCCUCUCCUCCAUGAACGACGAACUCUGUAACCCUACUUUGUGGUCCACUGGUUCCACUGCUAUUGGUACCACCACCACAGCUUCACCUAUUACUGCUGCUAAUAAUAUACCUUCUCUCUCUCAAAAUGGUUUGGUAGCCAAUGGCGAUACUGCAUCUGAUGGUGUCCAUCACCUGGAUGGUGGCGCUGCAGCUGUUGGCGGUGUUGGUACGAGUAAUGGAGCCCUCGAUGAGGCUCGGUUUCGCUACAAGAAUUCAGUAGCUGCUCUUCGUGAGGUCCUCGCGGCGAUCCCCAAUUCUCAGAAGGCAAAAGCAUUUGAAACGGGUUCAACCACAAACAGUACAUCAUCUCCAGCAAAUCAAGCUGAGAUUGAGAAAUUAGAAGAACAAGCCUCCAAUCUGAGAAAGAGUGGUAUCUAAAGCAUCUAGUGUACCAGGGGCAGUAGGGUGGGGUAGACGUAUGGCCCAGAGGACAUCAGUGGAUCACGAGAAAGAGCAAUUUAUAUCAUCUGAUUUGAAUGAUUCCAUGCUAAUAUAGAAAGUUUCAACCUCAUUAGAGAUCAUCUGUAGCAAUUUAUGCCAUCUCAUUUUAAAUGAUUACAUGCUAACAUAGAAAGCGUUAAUCUCAUUAGAAAUCAUCUGAUCUUAAUGAAGUUGGCUUUUAGAUAUGAGUGUCUAUUGAAGAGCGUUGUUUGUCUUUUUUUUUUCCUUUUGAAUUUUUUUCUCUGAAUUUGUUCUUUUCAAUGUAGGAACUUGUAAACAAGAAUGCAUAUCUCAAGCUUCUCAUUGAUCAACUACGAGAUCUUGUCACUGACAUAUCUACAUGGCAAAGUCCUUGUUCUGUCUGAUGUUCAUAGUUUGUCAUGAAAUAGAGAUGCCUGAGAACUGGUGCUUGAAUUAAGAUGUCUACAUGAGGUGAUGUUGUCUCAAAAUGGCUUUCUUUGUUAAACUUUUUUAUUCAAGUGGUAGGAAGAUGAUUCUGAUUUUAGAGGGAAAAAUAGCAAUUCUGAAAUAGAAGUUUUACAAGAGAACAUGUGAAGAAUCUUAUGUAUCAUAUAUGUUCAGUGUUGUAAUGCCUCUAUUGAAAUGAAUUUUAGAUGUAAACAAUUAGAUUAUAGUUAUGCCAACUUCUUUCAUUUGAGCAAAUGUAUAAAAUGAUAUCAGACUAGUCCUAUUGUCCAA